CCUUCGGGUGGCGCAGACGGAAGAGGCGGAGCUGAAGCGGCGGCGGCUGAGGAGGCAGCGGUGGCGGCAGCGGCUGCUGCUCCGGAGGCCGCAGUCCCGGUCCUGGCUUCGGCUCCAGCUCCACUAUGGUGACGCUCGCUGAGCUGCUGGUGCUCCUGGCCGCCCUCCUGGCCACGGCCUCUGGCUACUUCGUCAGCAUCGACGCGCAUGCCGAGGAGUGCUUCUUAGAGCGGGUCACCUCGGGCACCAAGAUGGGCCUGAUCUUCGAGGUGGCCGAGGGCGGCUUCCUGGACAUCGACGUGGAGAUUACAGGGCCUGAUAAUAAAGGAAUUUAUAAAGGAGAUCGAGAGUCCAGUGGGAAGUACACAUUUGCUGCUCAUAUGGAUGGAACAUACAAAUUUUGUUUUAGCAAUAGGAUGUCCACCAUGACUCCAAAGAUCGUGAUGUUUACCAUUGAUAUUGGGGAGGCCCCAAAAGGACAAGACAUGGAAACGGAAGGUGGUGGAGAUUCCUGGGAUGCUCACCAGAACAAGCUAGAAGAAAUGAUUAAUGAGCUAGCAGUGGCGAUGACAGCUGUAAAACAUGAACAAGAGUACAUGGAAGUUCGGGAGAGAAUACACAGAGCAAUCAACGACAACACAAACAGCAGAGUGGUCCUUUGGUCCUUCUUUGAAGCUCUUGUUUUAGUUGCCAUGACAUUGGGACAGAUCUACUACCUGAAGAGAUUUUUUGAAGUCCGGAGGGUUGUUUAAAAAGCCUUUUCCUGAUGAUCUCAAACUCCUAAUUCACUGUUUACCAAACAUCUUGUUCAUAAUGUCAUUAGUUUCUACAUUUUUAUUUUCUGAACUGUACCUUCACAGCUUAUGUUUCUUUGUGAUUAAUAGACAUUGGGGAAAAACACCUUUUUAGGAAAGUUAUAGUGAAAAUUUGACAUUUGAUUGGCAUAAUUUGUUAAUACGAAUUCUUUCUCCAUUAUACAGGUCCUUGCAAAAUUCAAACACUGUAAAUGAAAUAUAGGCAUAUAGUCCUUACAAUAUCUUCUUUUGUUUUCAUAAUAUGCAGUUUGUUCAGGACAGUACUUUACUAGAAUGACUGCAUUCUUUCGAUCUCUUAUCCUUCAGUUCAAGUCACUAAAGAUUCAUUUUGUUGAGUCUGUAUGAGAAACAACUAUCUAAAUCUUGACAUUUUCUACCCUGCCUAAUGGUGUAGCUCUGACUUUGGAGUGUGCUGUCAGGUUGGUACUUUUAUACUUGUCUAUCUUGUUUUUGCUUUAAAGAUAAGACUUAACCUGACAACAUUUUUCUCCCUAAAUUUUUAUUUUGAACCUUAGGAUUUAAUCACCUCCACUUAUAUUGAUAACACAAGCAGCUAAUAACCUUUCUUUGGUUUCUGCCUAAUCUUGUAAGAAGUCUUUAUUAAAGCCAAUUCUCUGGGUGUUUCAGUGAACAGUAGUUUUUUUCUUUUUAUGCUGGCAUAUCCACUUUUUCCAUUCUUCGGACAUAGGAUGUAUGCGUUUAUAUAAUUGUAAGAAUCUGGAUUCUGAUGCCAAAGGGUUAAAGCCUCUUGGAUUUCAUUGCAGUGAUAUACAGCCACUAUUUUAUUUCUGAUCAGUGGCAUUUUGGCCAUUGUUUAAUUAGGGUACUGAACAUCACUGUCAGUACUAGGGUUUUGUUUUUCUUGGGUCUUUUUUGGCACAUGUGAAUUUUGUUUUGUAUAAAAUGAAAUGACUUUCUUUUGGUCUCUGAUGAUGGGUUUAAAAUUAAAGGAGCAUCUGGUUUUACUGUGGGGAUGAUCCAGGAUUAUGUUGGAACUGAUGUAUAUUAGUUACUUGUAUAUUCUUUUUGGAUCUUUGCAAGGGGAAAGCUACAAGUGACAAGUUUUAUAUAAUUAAUUUAAAUUUGUUACAGGUUUUCAUGUUCAGGAUAAACAAUUUUUCAACCUUGGGUAAAAAUACUUGCAACAGUUGAAGGUGACUGUGUUUUACCUUAGGACAACUGUUGCAUGUCAGCUUUGUGUGUGUGUGUGUGAGAAAAACUCCUCAAAAUUGAAUUAAAAGAUGUUGUUGUGUAUCUUAUCUGCCCCAGGUUCAGUAAAUAAACAGUUCUUUUUAAAAACA